AUGAGCAGCGUCUUUACCAAGCGAAUCGUUCUUCGUUUUAGCAUGGACUUCGAGCGUGAAGAAGCGGCUCUCAUCGAGAGAUUCUUUGCGGUGUUUGGCCCCAUCAAACCUGCCGAUGAUUUUUGCUCCCACCCGAUGACCCCCAGUGAAUCCUCCAAGAUGUGUAUUGUCCUCGAUGUGCACGGCAAGUCAUUUCCAACCGUCGAUCUCCUUGCAAUAGAUUGUGAGGUCUUCAAGGUCUAA